AUGCCCAAAGCAGAGGUUGGCUCAACCAAGUACUUGGGCAACAAGCUCAAGUCAAAAGGACUCCAGCGCCUGAGAUGGUACUGCCAAGUCUGCGAAAAGCAGUGUCGCGACGCCAAUGGAUUCAAGAUGCACACCCAGUCCGAAAGCCACGUGCGACAAAUGCUCGUCGUCGGCGAGGAUCCGAAAAAGUUCAUCAACCAGUAUAGCGACGAGUUCCUGAAGGACUUUCUGUCGCUGCUCAAGACGGCCCAUGGAGAGAAGCAAGUCCAGAUCAACCAGUUCUACCAGGAAUAUAUUGCCAACAAAGAGCACAUUCACAUGAACGCGACGAAAUGGCCGUCGUUGACCGAAUUCGCCAAAUAUCUGGGAAAAGAAGGUAUAUGCCGGGUGGAGGAGACGGAAAAGGGUCUUCACAUUAGCUGGAUUGACAACUCGCCCGACGCUCUUCGACGACAAGAGGCGCUGAGGAGGAAGGAAGCCCAGGAUCAGGGCGACGAAGAAAUCGAGCAGCGCAUGAUUCGAGAACAGAUCAAACGAGCACAGCAGAGCGCCGGGAAACGCGAUGGAGAAGGCGAAGAGGAGUCAGAAGACAGGGAACUCAAAAGACAAGAUGGCGAGAAAAUAAAGCUGUCGUUUGGCGCGAAGCCUAAGCCGGAGCCGGAGUCCAAAUCUACAGAAGAUCAGCCUGAAGGACCAAAAGAUGCCGAAAAGAACGAGGGGACAGAUGCCGCCGCGUCAAAGGAGGAGCCAAAGCCAACGAAGAACGUCUUUGCCCAGGCAAAGAAGAACGCGUUGGCUUCAGGGUCGAAGAAGGGUUCCGUAUUUCAACAGCCCAAGAAAAUGAGCGAGGCCGAGAGGAUCAUGAAGGAAGAGAUGGAGAGGAAGAGACCCAGCGGCUCGGUCGGGUUUGGGAUGCCUAGCGGUAAAAAGCAGAGGAAUCAUUGA